CCUCUUUUAUCUUUGCUGAGUAAUGUUUUAUGGGAAUUAUCCCUUCAUACUGUUAGCUGCAAAGUUGAAUCUCAAGACUCUGUCUUGAUUAUGAAAUAUUCAUUUUCAGCUAUGUAGUUCAAAACAGCAAAUAAACUAUAAAGUAAUAAAUUAUCCAUAUGUAGUUGAAUUAUUAGAAAAGUUUUGCAUUUCAUAUUACUAAAUAAUAAAAGUCUCUUACAUUCAGUCAUGCUGAACUCUUGAAACUCAGUAUUUUUGUAAUGCUUUCCAUCAGUAAUCUCAUUUCAUAUUUCUUUCCUCAAAUCUUGCUAUAAUGUUCUUCAGUAAUUGAAAAUAAUGACUUGAUGAUCAUUUUUUCUUUUUUUAAAUCAAUUUUAGUUCAUUGAAUACGUCAUCCGCAUAAAACGCUGGGAGCUAAUCAUCAUUAUACAUUGUGAUCAUAGUUUCAAGUUGAAUGUGAUUAUUGCGAUUGGGCGAUGUAGAUGUAGUUCAAAGUGUUGGUUUAUGUUGAAUCGUCUUUUAACAAUUACACGUCAGGUAUUGUGUCGUCUAAUAAUAAUCGGAAUCUUCUAUUCACACGAUUCGCAAUCAGGUGUGCUUUUGGCUACGUGUACGUUACAAGUGAGAUUAGCUUAGUUGUCCAAGUGAACUACUGUGGACGAAAAUUAGAAGACCAAAAACUGAUCUACUCUGGCCGGUUAUUGGUGGAUUCAGUUCAGCUAAAGGAUGUUCUGCGCAUGUACGAGGGACAGGAAAACCACACAGUGCACUUAGUCUGCUCGCCGCCGCGCGACUUCCAUCGGGUUUCGGCUUCCACUUCCACUUCUUCGUUCUCCUCUGCGUCUCCUUCGCCCGCCGGCACCCCCUCCACCUCCUCAAUCAGUACCAGUAUCAGUAACAGUAGCAUUAACUCCAGCACAACCACCAGCAGUAGGCAGAAUAUGGCUCAAAGUAAUACAGUUGCCGGCUCGGAGCAACGUGAGGACGGCGACCCGCGCGCUCUGUGGGCGGCGGCUACAGCUGCCUCCUCGUACCCCGUCCCCGCCCCCAAUGCCACCCCCGCCAACUACGCCAUGGCCGCCCACCAGAUGGCCUGGAUGCAGCAGGCAUACUCGCAGUACAUGUCGCACUAUAUGCAGUUCUUGGCGGCGACACAAGGUGGAGUGAACAAUGCCUACCCGAUUCACACAGCGCCCACCCCUCAGCAACAGCCCGCUCCAGUCAGGGAUGACAACCAGCCAGCCGCCAAUCCAGCUGCCGGUGGUGAAAAUGAAGAAGAAGAGGGCAGAGGACAUAGAGAUUGGCUAGACUGGUUCUACAUCAUGAGCAGAGUGACUGUUCUAUUCAGUGUCGUUUAUUUCUACUCAUCUCCAGUUCGCUUCUUCAUGGUCACCACGUUAGGCCUCAUCAUGUACUUGUACCAAGUGGGAUUCUUCAGGAUGCAGGGAAUCGAUGGAGUGCGAGGAGUCGCGGAAGGAGCGGCUGGGGGUGUUGACCGCGACCAGGAGCGCGAGAACAACAACGUGCCCGUUGGGGCGGAUGCCAUGGGGGCCGCGGGGGUUGGAGCGGCGGGGAUAGAUCAGCCAGGGGCGGACACGAAUGCUACUCCGCCUCCCGCUCAACCCAACACUGAACGGCCCUCGGUCCUCAUGCUCACCUGGUCCAUAUUCUGCAGUUUUCUCCUCUCCCUCAUACCCGAGCAACCCAAUGUGAUAUAACUGUGAUAUUGCUGCUAAUUCCUCACCAACUCUAAGCUUCUUCAACUGUUCACAGUCGUUUUGGAAGUUUAGGCAGGCUUAUUAGAAACGUUCCAUGGGAUGGAUUAGACAUUACAAUGCAUUCAUAAAAAUAACUGGCUACUUUUGUGAUACUCAAUACACGUCACUACAGCUUCUUAAAAAAAUAAAACCUACACAGUGAAUGAAUCGUUUUGCAAUUUAUGCUAGUUUUUUAGAUAGUUGAAAGAAUGCAUUCUUCAAAAUAGCUGUCUGCUAUUUCCACUGUGAUACUCAAUAAUCGCCACUACAUUCUCUUGGUGAAAUAAAACAUCACAGUUAUGUAAAAAUCGUUCUAGAAGUUUACGCUAGUUUAUUAAAGUAGUCAAGAUUAUGCAUUUUGCUAAUUUUAUGACUUCAAUACUUAAUAUUUGCCUACAGUUUCUUAAAUAAUUGAACCGAACAUCUUCAAAAUAGUGAAUUUUGUGCUACUUUUUUGAAAAGUUGAAAUAAUGCAUAUUUAAGGUAAUUGACCACUAAAUACGGCACUACAUUUUUUCGAGAAAUAAACCAUUUCAAACAAAUAAUAAUUCAAGAUGCUUACACAAGUUCAUUAGAAGAAUAUAAGAAUGCAUUCUUCAAAGUAACUGUUCACUUUUUAAGAAACAGUCUUGUCACGCUUUUUCGAAAAAUUAUCUAAUUGUGGAUUGUUUGUGUAAACAGAUUUUAAAAUCCAGUAUGAUCACAUUUAUUUAGUUAUGUGUUUCGGUUUUCCAAGUGUCAACUCAUUUUGAAGAUUUUUAUCUUGAGUGAGAAAUUUUUUUUUGUCGUUCGAUCUUCAGAAAAUUGUUAUCUCCCCAUCUUCAUGAUAGUGAUAUGUGAAAUAUUUCUGAUAUUAUCUGUGUUCUUUCAUACUGUGAUAGUGAGAUUAAUUCGGACAGUGAGCAAUGGUUGAAUGGGAAGCUUUGUUAUCUACAAAUAAUGCUGACAGUUUCAAGUGAAUCUCACUAUAGGACCUGGAUCCUGUUUCAUAAAUCAUUUGGCAAUCAAGCCAGAUUAGAAGCUUGGGCCUGUUUUAUACUUUCAAGUUUUCAUGUUUGAACCAUUUUUUCAAAUGUUUUAUUUGCAAAAAUUAGUCAUAAUGUAGAUAUAAAUAUAUGUACAAAGCUGUGGUGAUUAACAUAAAGAUUGUUUAUCCUAUACAGAUCAUUGUCAUUAUUUAUUAAUUUGACAUACAAUAAUUUGUCAAGAAAAUGAUAUAUCAUUGAUAAUAAGACAAGAUUAGUCGAAGCUGGCCAAUCACAAUGAAGUUAAUUGAAUUGUUUUGAAAUGUAAUCUAUGUAUAUAAUAUUCUAUUCUAGCUUGUAGAUUCUGCUUUAAUUGAUCUAAUAUUAUCUAAGUGGAGAUUAUUAUAUACUUUUAUAGAAUAUAUUAUUGAGAGUAUUGAUUUUUGUUUAGGGUUACUACCAAAGGUUUCCGAUGCCAUCUGAUGGAGUUAUAUAAAACAGCUCAUGAAUUGAGUACCGAAUAUAAAGUUCUUUCAAAGUACAGAUCAAAAUUUAGUAAAAUAUUUGUGAAAUUUAAAAAUCAUGUCAUUAAACUUCUGUCACCUUGUAGCCUACUUCAAUUUCCAACUAUUUUUUCACAUUAAAUUUCAGUUCUUUGAAACUCUUCAAAGAACACGAGCUUUGCUAUUUGGUUUGUUAAACAAAUACUCAAUUCAGUGAUAUCCUGUCAUAUAAUUUUUACCAAACGAUUUUAGAUGAUAAUAUCCUUUGCCAUUAUCGUUUGAAAAGUAUUUUCGAUUUAUUUAUUUGUUUGCUCUUUGAAUGUGAUCAUUGAAUUGAAAAUUAGUAUCGAGUAUCAAAUUUACAGGUAACUUUUUUAUCUUGAUCUAUUCUAUAAAGCUCGAGUCGAGUACAAGUUCAGGAGUUCUAAAAGUUUUGAUCCGAGUAAUUUGAGGUGCAAAAUCAAUAUAAUUGUACCGGUACUGUUUUCUAUUCACAGAGCUCUAGUCUUUACUUUUAUUCUAUUGAAAUGUCAUAAAAAGCGUAAUUGUCUCUAAUUAAUUUUAUCUUAUCAAAACUAUCACGGUUAACACAACCAUAAAUAACUGAUUUGUCUUCUCUUCCUAGUAAAUAAUGUAGGAAUCAGCAUCAAUUUAACUUUUCAUGUACAAGAGCGUUUUGAUUUUCAACUUUAUAAGUUUUAAAUUUUAGUAUAAUCAUACUCAUUCUAUCCUUAUUUUUAUUCUGGAUAACCAAUGGAUGAUGAGCUGCUAAGUUUGGUAGGAAUGAAAUAUACAUAAUUGUACCUACAGAGUUGAGGUAACGUAUUAUUUUUAAAAUAAUAUAUAACCUAAUAUAAUGCUGUAUUAUAAUUGUAAUUUAAUGAAGUGGAUUAAUAAACCGUUAAAUUUU